AUGCGAUCCCUUGCGGUGUUGGUUACUGCUCUGCAGGCCACUGUCGCUACAGCCUCGACUCUCACUCCUCCGGUUCUACCCUUGAUUGUGCGCAAUCCCUACCUCAGCACUUGGCUGGGGGAUGCCCGCGAUGAACCGUGGUCAAAAUGGCCUAUCUUUUAUACUGGAGAGGAGAUAGGCUUCUCCCUGAUGGCUCAGAUCCCCAGUACGGGCACCGUCUUUCCGCUAUUGGGCAAGCCGCAUGAUUCUCUCUCGUCGGAUUCCGGCUCACCCGCGGUCGAGUAUCCGACCUAUCUCGGCUCUAAUUAUGACGCGUCGACGACUAACUUGACCUAUCGGUUAAACUCGUCUUCUUCUGCCUCUGCCUCUUCUCCCUUGGAAAUCACGGUUUCGUUCCUGUCUCCCAUCACACCCACGUCAACUCUACGGCAGUCGAUCCCCGCCUCGUACGUGACAGUCUACGUUCAUGGCGAUGUGGCAGUCAAUAUAUACAUGGAUGUCAAUGGUCGGUGGGUUAGCGGGGACGCUGGAAGUCAAAUCAAUUGGCAACACGAUGGACUAGGCUCCGAGAGCAACAAGCCAACCCUGCAGCGAUGGCAAUUGCGACGAGAGUCAGAAUUACUCUUGUCAGAGAUUCAUGAUCGGGCGGAAUGGGGUACUCUUCAUUUCACUGGUCCUUCGAAUGUCGAAUACGAAUCCGGAGACUCCGCGGACGUGCGACGAGCUUUCGCCUCUAGCGGAGCCCUGCGUAAUAAACAUGAUGAUGCGUUCCGCGCGAUUGGAGACCGUGAUCCCGUGGUGGCCUUCUCAAAAUCGUUCAACUCCUCUCGCAAGACCGGCGAUAGCGUGACCUUUACCAUUGCCCUAAUCCAGGAUCCGGUGGUCCAGUAUGCCUCGUCCCGCGGAUUGACCCUGAUGCGACCUCUCUGGGAAUCAUGGUUCCAUAGCGUUGAGUCACUGCUGAGCUUCCACUACCAUGAUUUUGCCGAUGCGGCGGCCUUGGCCUCCAACUAUUCUGAACAGUUGGCCGAAGAUGCCUACCAGUCCGGUGCAGACGACUAUGUGGACAUCGUCGCGCUUUCAGCACGACAGGUCAUGGGAGCUACAACUUUCUCCGGCACCCCAGACGACCCGAUCUUGUUCCUGAAGGAGAUCUCUUCCAACGGCAACUUCCAGACCAUUGAUGUUAUCUUCCCUGCGUUCCCCUUCUUCUUGUAUACCAACCCCCGCUGGCUGGCCUAUCUCUUGGAACCCUUGAUCGAGCAUAUGCUGAGCGGGCAGUACCCGAAUUCCUAUGCUAUGCACGACCUGGGAACACAUUUCCCCAAUGCUACGGGUCACGCCGACGGCAAAGACGAAUAUAUGCCUGUGGAAGAAUGUGGAAAUAUCCUCAUCAUGGGGCUGGCAAUUGCAAACUCCCUGCGUUACGACCAUGAUUCAGCCGCCUCUUCUGUCUGGUCAACCCAAGGUGUAUCUUCCCAGAUUCGGGAUGAGACACCAGGGUACUUCUCCCUCUCUAGUCUGCAGGGGAUCGGUGGAAUUGAGAAGCAAGACGGUAAAUGGGGCGGUAGUUCUGAAGGCGACCAGCUAGCGAAAAAGUGGAUUCAGCGCAGCUACCGACUCUGGAAACAGUGGACUGGCUAUCUGGUCGAAUUUGCCUUGGAGCCUGAAAACCAGCUCUCCACGGACGAUUUUGCUGGCUGGCUCGCGCUCCAGACGAACUUGGCGCUGAAGGGUAUAGUCGGUAUCAAUGCCAUGAGCAAGCUGGCCGAAAUCGCUGGAUACGACUCCGAUGCCUCUUACUACAAGAACAUCUCGGAUACCUACGUCGCCAAAUGGGAGGAAUACGGCAUGUCGCGAGACCAAACGCAUGCCAAACUGGCCUAUGACUGGUACGGCUCGUGGACAACGAUCUACAACCUCUACGCGGACGCACAGCUCUGCUUCCACCUCGACGGCACCGGCAUCACACCCCACGCCCAAUCCACCACCUCGAAAAAGACCGGCUUCAUCCCCCGCCACAUCUACCAGCGCCAAUCCAUCUGGUACCACAACGUCCGCCAGAAAUACGGCCUCCCCCUAGACAGCCGCCACCUGUACACGAAGACAGACUGGGAGUUCUUCUCGAUGGCUGUGGCCAGCAAGCCCGUGCGCAGCGAGAUCCUCGAGUCCGUCGCCAAAUGGAUCAACGAGACGGUCACCGACCGGCCCUUCACGGACCUCCACAACACAGAGGGCCAGGGCGGGUUCCCUGGGCCGAACUUCUUCGCGCGCCCCGUGAUCGGCGGCCAUUUUGCCUUCUUGGCCCUUCAGCGUGCCUGUGGCGGUAAGGCGAUGGAUGGUCUGGCCUUUUUGGAUAAGGGUCAUGAUGAGGCGUUCGCGGAGGAGACCCUAGCUGAGUGGACUGUCGCUGCUGAGAUGGCUGUUAGUCAGUUGCAGGAUCCUGGGUAUGGAUUUGGGUCUGAGAGGGAAGACCUGUGA